AUGAGUCAAGCAACAACUAGACUUGCACAACUCACACAGUUGUCAUGUAAAGUCUUCUCCAACGUUUACAAUCCAACAUGCGCUCGCACAGGCAACAAGAUUAUUCGACAAAGAUUGAUUGGAUCAACAUUGACUAGCUACAACCCCAAGAAAUUGGUUCAUUUCCGUGAUAUCCAAGCAUUGUAUCCUCAGCUUGGCCUAGUUAAUUUGGAAGAAAAGGAACGUCUUGAUGAAAUUGCUAGAAGAAAGAGAAGAGGAAAGGGCGCACCAAAGAAGGGUCAAGGCAAGCGUGCCUCCAACAAGAAGAAAUAA